UCUCUCUCACUCUCGUCAGGAAAGCCGGUGAGGACGGUUGGUCGGUCAACUCGUUUUUCCGUAGUUCAUAAAAUUUUGCUAGCUUUAUCAAAAUAGUGCAACUAUUAAGUUUGAAACUUGAAACGCCGAAAUGGUGCGUAAAAAGGUCGACAACAGGAUUCGUGUCCUGAUUGAAAAUGGGGUGCAUACCGGUCACCGGUCAAUGUUCGUCAUUGUCGGGGACAAGGGUCGUGAUCAGGUCGUAAUAUUACAUCACAUGUUGUCCAAAGCAGAAGUAAAGGCCCGUCCUAAUAUUUUGUGGUGUUAUAAAAAAGAGCUUGGAUUUAGUAGUCAUCGGAAAAAGCGGAUGCGUCACUUGCAAAAGAAGAUCCAGUCUGGCAAAGUAGAUGUAAACGAGGACGAUCCUUUCGAGCUCUUCAUUGCUUCGACAAAUAUUCGCUACUGCUAUUAUGCAGAGUCGCAUAAAAUUUUGGGAAACACGUAUGGAAUGUGCGUUCUCCAAGAUUUUGAAGCACUCACCCCAAAUUUGUUGGCAAGGACGAUUGAAACGGUUGAGGGAGGUGGAAUUAUCAUAAUUCUGUUGAGAUCUGUAAACUCUUUGAAGCAAUUGUACACGAUGACGAUGGACGUACAUUCUCGAUUUCGGACCGAAGCUCAUCAGGAUGUAGUUGGGAGAUUUAAUGAGAGGUUCAUGCUAUCUCUGGGAACCUGUGAUUCCUGCAUAGUAAUGGACGAUGGUUUGAAUAUUUUACCAAUUUCUUCAAACACGGCCAACAUUUCGCCUGUUGAAAAAACUAAUACAACAGAGGAUCCGCAACUAAAAUCUUUAAAAGAAAGUCUUCAGGAUACUCAACCUGUAGGGGUUCUCGUAAAUUGCUGUAAGACUGUGGACCAGGCCCAAGCCUUGCUGAAGUUCAUUGAUUCAAUCUCAGAAAAACGGUUGGAUGCAACAGUAUCGUUAACUGCUGCAAGAGGUAGAGGAAAAUCGGCUGCUUUGGGAUUGGCAAUGGCUGCAGCAAUUGCAUUUGGAUAUUCAAACAUUUACGUGACCAGUCCGAGUCCUGAAAAUUUGAAAACAUUGUUUGAAUUUGUUUUUAAAGGAUUUGAGGUAUUACAGUAUCAAGAGCAUAUUGACUUUGACCUGGUUCAGUCGACAAGUCCAGAAUUUAAUAAAGCAGUUGUCCGAGUAAAUUUUUUUCGUGAUCAUCGUCAAACAAUUCAGUAUAUUCAACCAAAUGAGGCAAUGAAACUCGGCCAAGCAGAGCUUUUAGUUAUUGACGAAGCAGCAGCAAUACCACUACCAUUAGUGAAAUCAUUGUUCGGACCCUAUCUAGUAUUUUUGGCGUCGACAAUCAGUGGUUACGAAGGAACGGGAAGAUCUCUUUCUCUAAAGUUGAUUCAACAGCUUAGAGUCAGUGGUAGUAAAGCUCCUCCAGCAGAGACAGACCAAGCCUCAAAUACUGGAACAGGAACUGCUGUUAGCGGACGAACUUUGCGAGAAGUUGUGCUAGAAGAAUCUAUUCGAUACAAAGCAGGGGACAGUGUUGAAGCAUGGCUCACUGGUCUUUUAUGUCUCGAUGCUACAUUGACUCCACCGAUUACAUCGGGUUGUCCUCCGCCAAAUGAGUGCGAGUUAUAUUACAUUAGCCGAGACACUCUGUUUAGCUAUCACAAAGCGUCCGAAAUGUUCCUACAACGAAUCAUCUCAUUGUAUGUUUCCUCACACUAUAAGAACUCCCCUAACGAUUUGCAACUGAUAUCAGAUGCACCAGCCCACCACUUGUUCUGUCUGCUGGGCCCUGUUGAUCCAGACAAAAAGUCUCUUCCGGAGGUGCUUUGUGUUAUUCAGGUGUGUCUCGAAGGCGAGCUAUCAAAAGCAAACAUUGCAGAUGGUCUGCAAAGAGGAAAACGCGCAUCAGGCGAUUUAAUCCCUUGGACGAUUGCUCAACAGUUCCAAGACAGUAAUUUUCCUUCAUUGUGUGGAGCAAGAAUUGUUCGAAUUGCUACUCACCCUGAUUACCAAGGCAUGGGAUAUGGUUCAAGAGCCAUAAAGCUCCUACAAGAAUAUUACUCGGGAAAGAUGAUUGAUCUCGGCGAGAAAUCAGUAGAAGAACCUAUACAAGAUAUUACAGGCGUUCCGGACGAAGAUUUGAAUAUUCUUUCAGAACGAAUUGUCCCUCGUAAAAAUUUACCUCCACUCCUCUUGAAAUUGACGGAACGUUCUCCAGAAGUUCUGCACUACAUUGGAGUUUCUUACGGUGUCACACUGCCGCUUUUGAAAUUCUGGAAAAGGGCAGGAUAUCUACCUGUGUAUAUGAGACAAACACCAAAUGAACUUACGGGGGAGCAUUCUUGCAUUAUGCUUCAACUCCUUCAUACGGAAACCGUCAGUUUCGAUGGUCAGGAAUGGCUCCAAGACUACUUCAAGGACUUUAGGCGUCGCUUUAUGUCUCUACUUUCCUAUCAAUUUAAAGCAUUCACACCUGCACUAGCACUUAGUAUUUUGCUGAACAAGAACUGGAUCCCUGGAAAAUUUAAAGAAAUUACACAACCUGAACUUCAAGUUCAUAUCACUCCAUUUGAUACGAGACGAUUGGAGUUGUACUCGAAAAAUAUGACGGAUUAUCACGUCGUUAUGGACUUGGUACCCACAUUGGCCAAGCUUUAUUUUUUGAAUAAAAUGGGGAAUAUAAAAGUAUCUGCCGUCCAGUCGGCUAUUUUGGUUGGACUUGGCCUACAACAUAAAACGGUGGAUGAACUAUCAACAGAAAUUGAUCUCCCAUCAACCCAACUAUUAGGCUUGUUUAAUCGCACAAUUCGAAAAGUGUUGGAGUUUAUGAAUAGAGUAUCAGAAAAUCAUAUUCAUGAACAAUUCCUAAAUUUCGACGUUGAAAAAGCUAUGGCUAGUAUGGAACCCUUAUCUCAAAGUCUAGAGGAUGAGUUUAAGAAUGCGGAGAAGGACCUCAAGAAAAAGCAGAAAGUAGAGCUGGAGAAACUAAAGGGCGACGACUUCAGCCAGUUUGCCAUCAAAGGUACAGACGAAGUGUGGUCAAAUGCCCUGCAAACUAUGGAACUGCCCGCAGGUAGCAGCAUCACAAUCAAAAGUGGGGAGAAACGACUUGCGGAAGAAGAUUCAGGAGAAAAGAAGAAAAAGAGGGAAUCACCCGAUGGAAAGAAAAGUUUUGGAAAAGGCUGGAAGAAAACUGGCAAUAAAAAGAAAAAAUAAAUUGGGUAAAAUGGCAGUCAAUCGUUUAUGAUAUUUAUUUAAUUGAAAUGUAAGAGCAGUAUCUUACUAUUCCAUUCGUUUAUCUUUUUCCACUAAUUGAUUAUUUAGAACUUGGCAAUGUUAUGUUAUAAUAGUUAGUGAUUAAUGUAAAACUUGCGAGUUUUCCAAAUUGUUCAAGUAUUUAUUACAAAUAAAAUUCUGAGUUUAUAACAA